UGAACGUGAACGCGGCAGCGACAUUCGAAGGACUCGCAAUUUGAGGAAGUCAUCCCGAGGACUUCGUACUCGCACUCGCACUCGCACUCGCACUUCGUUAAGCAUCCGCCGUGGAUGCCGAAUGUCCUGCGGUGCACUUUCAGUCGAAUCUCGACGUUCGCCUGCAAUGGAUCAGGGGAUUCCCCAUCGGCGGCUACGACAAUCAGCCAAGUAGAGCGCGAGAAUUGAACGUAAGGCGAGGCAAAUCGCUGGCAGGAUAUGUUUGCCGGAUAUGUCAACCUACGCGGGUCCCUCCAACCUCCCGGUGGCUUCCUUCCAUCCAAGUGCUUCCUCGUCGAGUGCUAGUGCUUAAGAAGAAGAUAAAAAAUAAGCGGGCAGGCCAAGAACCACAAAACAAAAUAGCCAAAAAAAAUAAUUUAUAGCAAAAAUGUUGGCCCUGAGCUGGAUGAUGAUGUCAUACCAUUUUCCUGGCCAAAAGUGAAAGUAGUGUUGUUGCCGGUUUUCCGGCCACGGAUGACACAUGAGCGGCUCAGUCAUGUGCCAUUAUCCCUCAAGUGAACAGCAUCGUAAUUAACUGCGAAAGUCAACCGAACAAAAACGUGUAAUAAACUCACUGCAAAGAAGCGAGACUUAGUGAAAUUAACCAUUAAGGAUUAUAGUCAAAUAAAGGAUAUACCACCGGCUGAGCUAUGGAUACUCUGAUUGCGCUCUGUUCUCUGCUGUUGCUGCUCCUCUCCCAAAAUGCUGCAAUCCUUGGCCAGCUGGACAGUAGCCUCAUUGGGGGGAGUGGCAUUGGCCUGCCGCCCACCGCCCUUCCGCCCACUCCCCUCAGUCUGCAGCCGUCAACGCCAUCAAUAACGCAUUUUGUAAAUGACUCCUUCAUCAUCUUCUGCCAGACAGUACAAAAGAAUAUCGACACCAAGUGGCGUGAUCCCCGCGGACAGACCCGUGAGAACACCAAAGGACGCGUCCACAUCGAGAAGAAGACGACGGGACCUCUGGCUUUAGUUUUCGAGCACAUCUCACUGGAGGACAGGGGCAACUGGACCUGCGAGGUGAACGGGAAUAGAAAUGGGAAUCGGAAUGUCAAUGUUGAACGUGAAUUUUUGGCCUCCUUCGAGCUGCUCGUAAAUCAGAAAAUCUCAUUUGGAAAGACGGAGCAAGUGCAGUCGGUGCGCGAGGGACGCGAUGCACUGGUCAAUUGCUUUGUGGAGGGAAUGCCCGCGCCGGAAGUCUCCUGGCUCUACAAUGGCGAAUAUAUAAACACCGUCAACUCGUCGAAGCACAAUCGCCUGACCAACGGUCUGUACAUCAGGAAUGUGAGCCAGGCGGAUGCCGGGGAGUACACGUGUCGGGCGAUGCGUAUAACAUCGACUUUUUCGGAUUCCGAUCAAAUAACGAUAUUGCUAAGGAUACAACAUAAACCCCACUGGUUUUUCAACGAGACCCUGCCCGUGCAGUACGCCUAUGUGGGCGGGGCCGUGAAUCUGAGCUGCGACGCGAUGGGCGAGCCGCCACCAUCGUUCACCUGGCUGCACAACGGCAAGGGCAUCGUGGGCUUCAACCACCGCAUCUUCGUGGCGGACUACGGGGCCACGCUGCAGUUGCAGGUGAGGAACGACUCCCAGUUCGGGGACUACAAGUGCAAGGUGGCCAAUCCGCUGGGGAUGCUGGAGCGGGUGAUCAAGCUGCGCCCGGGGGCCAAGCCCUGGGGUCCCUCGCGGUUCCAGCUGAAGAAGGUCUACACCGACGGCUUCGCCCUGGACAUCCACAAGCCCUUCAUGUCGAACGUCUCGGAUGAGAUGCAGAUCUAUGGCUACCGGGUGGCCUACAUGAGCGACACCGAGUUCAAGUUCAGCGCCGGCAACUGGAGCCAUGCCAAGCAAAGGGACUUCUCCCUUCAUCGGGGCCAUCAUUUCAUUAUCGCUCAUUUGGAGUCGAACACCACGUAUCUGUUGAGGGCGGCCAGUCGGAAUCUCGCCGGACUGAGUGAAUGGAGUGCCGUGAAGGUGUUCACCACAGCCACAGGAUGCAGCUGGAAUCCGUCGCUAUAUCCCAUAUACGCAAUCAUCAUCGCUUUGAUCUGGACAUAGAGCUUGUCCCAAACCAAAAAGAAAUACCAAAUACCAAAUACCAUCCCAAACUCGUUAUUGUUGCUGCUGAGUUUUCUAUGUUCUUGUAUCUUCUGUGAUAGAACUUUGUGUGUGCAAUUCACUUUAACCUAACCCAAGAAUGUUUAGAGAAGGGAGCUAUUAAACCAAUUGCUUUUUGCUAUAUAUAGACGAUAUCUGUUCAGCCUAUUGCCAAUUUUUGCUGCCAACUUUCAUUCAUCAACCGCAUUUUUUGUACGUUUUUUAAGAGAAAGACCUAAGGAUGUUAUUAACGAACGAUUUUGGAGAGGGGUGUAGUCCUUAGGAUACAUACAAUACAUAUGCAUUGUCAACUCUACCUUAUAGUUAAAUAUGAAAUGCCCAACUCUACAUAAAUGUUGUUCAAGCUAAAAACUAAAACGAUAUACAAGUAAACCCAAACAAAAAAAAACGAAAACUUUGAUGAAUUUUACAAACACAAAUGGAAGUCCAAAUUACUGAUUAUAAAUUAAAUGAAAGCGAAUCAAUAAUAGAAAAUGAUUUGAAUUAGCUUAAUUGAAGUGAAAAACGAAAACCAUAAAUGAGAA